AUGUCCGACGACUCUGCCCCCAUCGCUCAGGAAUUCCUGAAGUUCUACUAUGCGGCCUUCGAGUCAGAUCGCCAACAACUGGCUCCUCUCUACCGCAACAACUCCAAGCUCAGCCAUGAGGACAACUCCCUUACAGGCGUUGAGAAGAUUCUAUCCCAUAUCUCGAGCAUGCCCCAAGUGAAGCGCGAGCUUGUCAACAUGUACUCCCACUAUACGAAUGAGAAUAAGAAUGCCAUCAUGAUCAUGAUGCACGGUCACCUCCUUGCCUCCGACACCCAGCGUAUGAACUUUGUUCACGUCUUCAGCCUGCAACAGGAGCCUAAUGGCGGCUUUUACAUUGCCAGUGAGAUGUAUCAGCUUGUGUUCAACGCCUAG